AUGUCCGACGAUGAAGAUAUGAUGGAUAAUGAUUUCGAUAAUGACUACGAUAAUGAAGAAGUCGAGCCAGAUAAUGAUCUCGAAAAUCAGUUCUAUUUUUCCGAAGCAUUAAUGGAAGAUGACCCAGACGCUGCUCUCGAUAGUUUCAAAAAUGUUCUUACGCUGGAAGAGAAAGACGGUGCGAAAGGCGAUUGGGGAUUUAAAUCACUAGAAUAUAUCGUGAAAAUCUAUCUAAAAAAAGGAAAUCAUAAGGAAAUGUUAAGAUAUUUUCAACAAUUAUUGACCUAUAUCAAGUCAGUUGUGACCCGAAAUGAAAGUGAGAAAACGAUUAAUUCUAUUAUUGAUCAAAUUUCGACAACGGGGAAGAUGGAUUUGAUAGAAGAGGUCAUUACGAUGACAUUAAAUGCACUACAAGAAGCCAAAAACCAUCGCUUAGCAUUCAAAGUUCAUCUUAAAUUAGGCAAACUAUAUGAAGAACAACGCAAUGAUGUUAAAUUGCAAAAGGUUAUCAAAGACUUGUAUGCAUCGUGUGAUUCACCAGAAGGCGUCGAUAAUCAACAUCGUGGUACACAAUUAUUAGAAAUCUAUGCGCUCGAAAUUCAAAUGCACACAGCACAAAAAAAUAACAAAAAAUUAAAGCAGUUGUAUGAAGCUUCUCUACAGAUCAAAUCAGCCAUACCCCAUCCAUUGAUCAUGGGUAUUAUACGCGAAUGUGGUGGAAAGAUGCACUUGCGUGAACAAGAAUAUGAAAAGGCACAUACAGACUUUUUCGAAGCAUUUAAAAACUAUGACGAACCUGGUUCACCACGUCGUAUCACAUGUUUGAAAUACCUGGUUCUCGCUAAUAUGCUGAUGCGCUCAACUAUCAAUCCAUUUGAUUCUCAAGAAACUAAACCAUACAAAGAUAAUCGGGAAAUCCAAGCGAUGACAUCGCUUGUUAGUGCGUAUCAGAAUAAUAAUAUUAAAGAAGUUGAAUUGAUUCUACACAAGAAUCGGCAAUCGAUUAUGGACGAUCAAUUUGUUCGCGAACAUAUCGAGAUUCUCCUACGAACAUUACGAACAAAAGUUUUGGUUCGCUUAAUAAAACCAUAUACGAAAAUCCAUAUGAAAUUUAUCGCUCAUGAAUUAAAUAUUGAGAUAAGCGAAGUUGAAAAUCUCUUGAUAUCUUGUAUUCUUGAUCAAACAAUUCAAGGUAAAAUAGAUCAGGUUAAAGAAGUACUUGAACUUGAUCAGCAAGAAAAUAUUCAAGGUUUACAUCGUUAUCAAGCUAUGACAAAGGUUACUAAUCAGUUACAAACGAUUCAGAAUGGGAUGCUACAACGAGUUCAAUGA